UUAAACAUGCACACCUGAACUAUUCAUAUUACGAAUGCUUAUCUUAUGGUAGUGACCAAAGGGGGAUACCCCCAAGUCUCAACAAAACAAGGUACACGACAAAACAUGACUCUUCUCUACAUAAAGGGUAGAGAACCUCCAAUGCCCUUAACACCCUUCUGCUUUUAGUAUCAGCAACUCUCAACAGGAAGGUGUCGGUUCUGAUAUAACCUUUCCGAUGAUAAUUGCAAAGGCAAACAUCGUUGUUUUGUGGGUGGGUGGAGAAACCAUAUAUGGUAUAUAACUUAGUUUUAUUUUCCUAGUAUUUAUAAAGAAAAUUUUGUUUUGUUUAUUUAGAAACGAGAGGCUGUUUAGAUCAAAUGUUAUGGUGAUAGAAUUGAAAAUAUUGCUCUUGUUAGCAUCUGCUGUCAUGUCAGUCUGUUUUUUAAGUCUUAACCUUCCAGUCUUAAGUCUUAAAGGCACUUUGUCGCGUAACUGGGUGACAAGUAUUCUUUGAGAUUGUGAUAAGUGUAGGUAAGGUUUCCAUCAGAAACAUUUGCUAUACAGUAAUCUUGACUGUAUUUGUUUACAUUUUGUUUGAAUGAUGCACACUGUGGACAAAAAAGAUUUUCUAAUUCAUUAUUUCAUAUAUAUAUUUAUAUAUAAUUAAUUUUUAACAAAAGAUGCGAGUAAAAUGUUUUUUUAAAUUUUGGUGAUAAAAUUCUACGGUUGUAUGUACAUAGCCUUAACAACAACUGCGCGCGAUAGACGCUGAAGCAGAAUUUUCCUAUCUUUCUCCUUGCCGGUUCAUUACGACACUCAGUCAAAAACAAUUACUGACCUCAAAUAAUGACCUCAUCAAAUGUCAAAAUUACAGAGACAUCUAAUGUUUUCAGAGACUUUUCAAGAACGCCUUUUACGCGGUACCUGGCCACUAGUGUAAAUUUCUGCGACCUCAAACCUGUAUGUUGCCUUUAGCAUACAUCGGUAAACAAAACUUAAUUAUUUGCAAGAAUCUGAACUGAAGUAUUGUUUCCAUUUUUCUAUAAACUUUGACUUGAUGCUUUUAAUUCUAGAUUCCUGCACUCUACUCAUCGCAGUUGCCGCAGGUUAUGGCUGGGGCUUUUCUGAUGCAGAUGGUUUGGUCAUGUCUGAUAGUAUUCUAGACUUCAUUGGUGAACUGCGGCUACAAAACGAAAGUGAAUGGAUCUCCGUUACAGAGGCCGUGAAAAGAAUUUUCUUGGAUAAGGUUCCUUGGAGAGCGUCUAGAGGUCUGAGCACGAGUAAUGCUGCGAUUUUCCAGUCAAGCGUCAGUCGAUUUGAGCUAGGAUCUGUUGCCUGGACGCCUACAGGGUUUCCUGCAGGUAUCACGCCUUGGACAGCAGCAUGGCAAGAUAGAUCGAAACCUUACCUGACCAUUCGUCUCAAAGAUGAAACAACUUCAACAUUUGAUUCAGUGGCAUACUCUACGUCUUUAGAAAAUACUUCGUUACAAGAAUAUUGCAGAUUGAUUAAGCGGUACAGAAAUGUGCUGUUCAUGACUGACGACACGAUAGAGGCUAAGCAUUUCAUUUCCUGCUUCUCCCAUUGGCUCAAGACCAUGGACGAAAUUAGAGGCAAGACAAGUUUUAUUGCCAGCGUUGAAGAGAAUGAGAUUUGCACUGCUCAGGAACUUGUGAAACUGUUACGAGAAUAUGGGGCUUUGGUUGAGGUGAAUCGCGAGAGACCGAAGUGCUCAACAAUUAUUCUGAUCGACGUUGAUUUCAUCCUUAAUCGAAAAUUACCUUCGGAUGUCUUUGUUUGGCUUGGAAAACGUGGAACAGAAGAACCCUUCUAUCUAAGCAAUGGCAUUGGAGUGAACAGUCAGCUUUACUAUUUGCAAAAUGACGUCAUCGUACUUGCAUAUGCAACGAAGACAAGCAUGGACCGAUUUGGGCAAGGAAUUCAUAGAUUUUUCAAGUUAAUUGAUCUCCCACCAACUAUGCCUGUUCUUCUGCAACGUUGCCUCCGACAAAAGGCAACACGAAAUUCAGAAAGCCGAUUAAACUUCAGGUGAAUAUCUCUGUAGUUUUGUUU